UAUUUAAUAUUUUUCGUUGUUGUUAUUAUAUCAUUACUACUUUUCGUCGUUGUUAUUGUUUUUGUCGUGGUCGUCGAUUACAACAGUUGUUUUCGCGUUUCGUUGUCGGCUUAUCUUUCGGUAUUUUAUCGAAAUUUUGGCGGCCGAAUUUCGAAGUACCCGUCAAAACAAAUAAAAAAACUAACGAUUUCACGCGUUCAAACGGUUUCCGAGAUCGAGUGCCGGCCGACGAAAUAAUUUAAUACAGCUUUGCGAUACGUAUAAAGUUAUUAUUUACUUUUUUCAAUUAUUAGAUUUAAUUUUUUAUACGUUUUACGUUUAUUUUCCUAUCCGUCGAUUGAGCUUAUAUGAAACAUAGGUUUGAUCGUACGACAAAAGGAACACUCUCGAAAGCGACACGAUUGUACAGCGCAAGAAAAACAUUAUUACGAACUUUUCGAAAAGCCGUUAGAUGUUUUAGUGUGCCAGUACCGUAUAAUACCAUACGUAUAACUUUACAAGACUAAAUUAUUACUGUCUGAGCCGCAGGCGACUUUCACAUCCCGCACACAGGAUUGUUGUAUCCGCACAUAUUUUUACUCUAAUAUUAUAUGAUGGACGCCUCUCUACUGGCAUCAACCACUCCGACGGCCACUGCGCGUACGAUCGCUGUGGCCACGUCGACGACCGUGGCCUCCACGAUAAUCCGAAGUGGCCAGCGCAACGGCACGCAUCGCGGAGCAGUCAACGUGCACGGCCGGCUCAUGUACGAUGAGAUCGUCAUCAACGACGUCUGGAUCAACGCCAUCUUAUCCACACUGGCCCUGUCAUGCGCCGCGUGCGUGUGCCUGUGCUUUUUGUACUGCAAGAUCCAACAGUGGAAACAUGGAGUUCAACGUAGGAGGAACGAAAAGAACUCGCGGAAGCACGACGCCGACUCGCUGCCCAGCUACACGAUCGUCACAGGGCUGCCCACUUACGACGAAGCGGUGGAGCGCAUGAGAGGAGGUCACAACAAUUACGGUGGCGCGGCAUCCGGCCGCAACAACAAGCCGUCGUCCAAGGAAGCGCCCGUGACCGUGUCUGUGGUGUGCGUCAGCGACCCGACCCCGCCGAAACCAGACCCCAAGUUCGGGCUGGUGUCGCACAGCCUAUUCGUGCACGACGACGGGUGCAGUCACUGCCUAUCCGUCCAAGAGCUGUUGGAGACCUACAACGUGCGAUAGGAAGCUUGCACGUCCGCCCACCACCACCCCACGCUUCGCCCUAAACACCCUGCAACCCCUCUCGCCCGUCGAGACGCCGCUCGGUGUGAGGAGUUAUGCAAUUAAACUACUUCCAAUUUGACAUUUGGCAUGCUCCAGAUCGGACUCGAAUUCUACCCCUUUCGACGCUUCAUUGAAAUAGAUAAGCGUCGGUGUUAUUCACGAUCUCUGUUGCAAUCGUAAACGAUAAAUUUAGCAGAUUUAGCAAUGCAGUUUGUUCACAUAAUAUAUUAGUAUAAUACUAUUUGAUAUUCCCUAAGCCUACCUAUGUAUAUAUUAUCUAUUAUAUUGUACCUACACGACAUUUUAAGAUUAUGAGAAUUCGUUCACAUCGGUUUACGAGUUCAAAUUAAAUAACGCACACCACCGCUGACGUUUCAAAAUGUUUGUAUUUUAGUCGGAUCGUCCCUCAAAAUGAUUUAGAUAGUCGCGCACCGUUAUAAUAAACAUAUUGUUACGAUAUUGUGUCUAGCAUAGCUUGUAAUGUAGAAUUGUAUUUAUUUAAUUAUUAUAUUAUUGUUUUUUUUUUUUUUUUGACUGCCGUCAUGUAAACUAUUACAUG